AUGGACACCGGGGACCCCCACGACACUGUACUAGCAGUUGACCAGGAAGAUGCCGAUUCCAGCUAUGGAGGCGACCUAGCGAGCGAAACCACAUCGGUUACAUCGAGUAUUUAUAAAUUCCGACUUGAGCACGGGAGACGAUAUCAUGGCUAUAAAGACGGAGCCUACUAUGCGCCGAACGACGAGAAAGCGAACGAGACGUUAGAUAUCGGGCAUCAUGCUUACCUCCUCCUGCUGGAGAAAAAGUUAUAUCUGGCACCGAUAAGGAAUCCUCAGAAAGUUCUCGAUGUCGGGACCGGAACGGGCAUCUGGGCCAUCGAUUUCGCUGAAGAACACCCGCAAGCAACAGUUAUCGGCACCGACUUAUCCCCCACACAACCUACCUGGGUCCCUCCCAAUGUCUCCUUCAUGAUUGACGACUGCACCGAGUAUCCCUGGACCUACAGGGAAAACUCAAUGGACUUCAUCCACGUCCGCGACCUCUUCGGCUGCAUCCCGGACUGGUCCGAAUUCCUCGCCCAGUGCUACGAGACCACCAAACCGGGCGGCUACGUCCAGGUCACCAACCGCGCCGUGUGGAUGGAAUCAGACGACAACACGAUACCGGCCGACGAGAAGCACGCGUUGAAUAUCUGGAGGCACGAGUUCCGCGAAGUGGGCGAGCGGCUGGGGAAGACGACGACGAUCAUGGAACGGCAGCGGGAGGAGAUGGAGAAGGCGGGUUUUGUGGACGUUACGGAGACGAAGUUGAAGAUGCCCCUGGGUUCGUGGCCGAAGGAUAAGGCGCUCAAGGAGGUGGGGAGGUUUUAUUAUCUGGAGUGCUUGCAAGGGGUGGAUGGGUGGGCGUUGGCGCUGCUGACCAGAGUGAUGGGCUGGGACAUGGCGGAGGUGCAGGUCCUGCUGGCCAAGUUUCGGGAGGCUAUGGCUGAUCCGUCAAUUCAUUGUUAUGUGCCUGUUUCCAUUGUGUACGGACGGAAGCCGACGUCGUGA